UCGGAUCGUGUCGCAGUCGUGUCGUUCUGUCGUCGUCAGGUGCAUUUUCUGGAAUCGUUAUCGGAUGAUUUUGCAAGGGUGCAUGUACUUUUGAUCCAUUAUCGGCGGAUUCUGCGUUCCGAUUUCAUCGAUUCUGUCGCGCGGAAAGUGCUGCUACGUGUGCAGUUUCCAGUGAGUGAGGUGAAACCCACCGUCCCAUCAUGUGGCAAUGGCCAAAUUCAGCGGAACAUUUGAUUUGAAGGAGCCACCCCCAUGGCAAAACUGCUGCUACUGUAGUGGUUCGGGUAAUAAUUCUUCAUCCGUAGCUGCUUCCACCUUCGUCCCGGCGUCAUCCAAUCCCCGUCAACCGCAGCAGCAGCAGCAGCUCCAGAUACAACAAAGCCAACAAUUGCUCACUUUCAAAACACCAGCGGAUUUCGUUAGGCACCUUCGUCAGCACCACUGCACAGUGGAGGGUGGAUCCUUUGUUUGUCGUUAUGGCUACAACGAUGUCUGCUCGUCGCUUCCACUGGACGGAGUCAGCGAUAGGGAUUACGAAAUGCAUGUCAAUCGAUGCCACGUAAACCAACAGCAGAAGGAAUCCCAUAUAAAGUGGUCGGUGUUCUCGGCGGCCCAAAACUUGCCCGCCGUACUGAACGAUCCCAGCCGGAGCAAGCAGACACACUUCUUCACCAAAAAAUGGGGCGAUGCCUUCGUGGAACACCAAUCGAUCGGCACAUCACCGCAACUGCCUGACAUCAAGUGGGACCACUUCGAUUACUAUCUGAAACGGAUUGGCAAGCGUUACCGCGUUCACACUCGAAUAGCAAAAACUGCACUACCAAGUAGUUCUAGUCAAGAUCAGCAGCCGGCCGUGAGCGAUCGUCUUCCGAACGGUGCCACCGCCAACCUGAAAGACAUUCCCGAGGUGUUUCUGAAGCACAAUUUGGAACUGCACAGCCCGGCUUCGUUUGCGGCGGUCUUCCCCGGCAUCGGAAACGAUGGCGAACAGGCCAAGCAAUCGAGUAGGUUGCUCCAGGAAAAGCUUAGCCAUUAUUUGGACAUCGUGGAAGUGCUGAUAGCAAAACAGGUUGCCGAAAAGUCGUCUGCAUUCUUCCAUGCAAUGACCUCGCAGGACGCCAUCAUGGAACAGAUGCGAGAGGCCACGGCUCAUGUGUCGAGACUUCGCUCCCGGCUAAAACUGAUCGACGAUACAAUCAUCCGCGAGUCACUGCAAAUCAUCAGCCUGGAGCGGGUUCGUUCCAACAAUAACAUCGUCCUGGAACGGUUGAAGCUAAUGUCCACGGUACAUCAGACCCAGCCGAUGAUUCAGUUGCUUCUGAGUACUCAGGAUUACGUCGCGGCGCUGGAUUUGAUCAGUACGACUCAGGAAAUUCUGAGUCAGGAACUGGUCGGGAUUCAUUGCUUCCGUCAUCUGCCGUCGCAGUUGACGGAGAUGGAGCGACUGAUUGAUAAAAUGUUGACCACGGAUUUCGAGCGGUAUUCGACAUCGGAUUUGAAUCGCCCUUUCGCCGGAGAUAGUCAAGUGGCUGAGAAGGUUUUGGAUGAAGAUAAGUUAAUUUGUAUCAUAUCGGGGCUGCUGAGAAAGCGGAAUUUAGAUUUCAUAGAUACUUAUAAGCAGGAAGCGAUUACAACGGUUCGGGCGAUAGUGAAGCAAAUGGUGAUUGAGGUGAUCGCCUCCGGGGAUGCGGAAAUUUGUCUAACCGGAGCAGGAGAGGAAGCGCAGAGUUUAUCUCUGUCCGAAUGGAUCGUACUGUUGGAAACUGCAACUGUCACAUUGUUAAAGUUGCUGAAACGGGUUCGAUCUGUGCAUGAUGUGAUGCAGCAGACAGCCGAUGCAAGCGCCGGAAAAAUUACUGACGAUGUAAGCUUUAUAGAUACGGAAGCAUUCCUAAGCGUGGAAGACUACGAAGUGGCAAAAUCGAAAUUAGCUAACUUAUUGCAAAGUGUUUGUAAUUAUUGUCAUGAACGAUGCGCCAAUUUGGUGUCAAACCAAAGUUUGGAGAAGAGUUCUGUUAGUGCGGAUCAAAUAGCAAAGCUAACUGAAAUUGUUGAUCGGUUUAGUGAUGGUUGUGAAACAGUUUGUGGGAUUCAGAGCGUUUCACUGAAGAUGGCAUUAAGAGCACAAGGUACGAGAUAUGCUCAAAAGUUUCACUCUGAGAGGAAAGCGAAAAUGGCCUUACUGCUGGACAGCGAGCGAUGGAAACAAGCUGAAGUCCCAGCUGAAUUUCAGAAAAUGGUGGAAAGCAUUUCAAAAGGGAUUUUCUUAUGGAAUAAAAACACUGAAUUGAAUGGAAGUUCAAUUUCAUCAACACCGCCGCAGGCAGUUCUGAUGGUAGAAGGACAACCGUUUGCAUUGGUUGGAGCAGCUCUGCUUCUAGUGCAAAUCGUUAGCGAAUAUUGCCGUUGCGCUUCUCAACUGCCCGUCAUCGCAUCGCAACUGGCUCGAAAUGUGAUCGAUCUUUUGAGAACUUUUAAUUCUCGCUCAUGUCAGUUGGUUCUUGGUGCCGGUGCUUUACACGUGGCCGGUCUUAAGACAAUUACCAGCGGUAACCUCGCCCUUGUUUCCCGCGCUCUUCAACUAGUCCUGUGGCUACUGCCACACGUUAAACGCCACUUCCAAUCCUUAGAACCAAAUGGAACCUCAACAGGCUCAACGACGAUCCUCACCGGGUACGAUUCAAUCGAGAAAGAUUUCGCUUCCCACAUAAAGGAGAUAGAAAACAAAGUGCUGGCAAUUGUUUGCGAUCUUGUGACCAGCCAGCUUGCCAACUGGGACGCGCGCCCGCCUGUCCCGUCGCAACCAUUCCGAAAUAUCAGCAGGCAGUUCGUCAAGUUGCACGAAGCGAUCGCACCGAUAUUACCCCAGAAGCAGGUAGCUACCAUCUACCGAGUGGUACACAAGAAUUUCAAAGACAAACUUCGGGAGCAGCUGCUGCGGAACAACAUCACAAACAACGGGGGGCCUCAGCAUGGGACCGUCGUGUCGGAGUUGACGUUUUACAUGGAAACGCUGAGAACUUUGAAGGCGAUGCCGGCGGAGGAGCUGCGAGACGAAACGCUGGACGAUAUUUGGUUGAAGUAGAACAUGCGUGUGGUGAUUUUAUAAGUGGAUGAAGUUUAGUGUUUUCGGCAAUUCGGCGGGUUCUUGUUUUUAUUUUUGUGUAUUGUAUUAGGUUCCAUAUUUGUAUACUAAUAUUCGUACCAAUCUGCUUCUGUUUGUGAUAAAAAAGUUUUUAUUAUUCAAUUGUUUUUCAUAAUUACCGGGACUGUAAAAUUGUUACAUUUUAUUUAA